AUGUCUGUAGACAUCUGGCCUCCUGUUGCGCCGGCCCAGCUUAAAAUCGACGAGGACGCCGCUCUUGCGCGCGAGCUCAACUGGCUCCUCGACGAACUUCAGUCCACCCUCAAGACCCUAAAGGCGUCACUCGAGGAGACCUACGCCCUUCUCGCGCCGACCGACCCUGGCAGCACCCUCGUCGUCUCCACCCCCCGCCACGAAGCCGUCAAGGGGCAUGUGACCCGCGUCGGCACCCGUCUGGUCAAGGGGAGCAUCCAGUUACGCCUGAAGACCCUGCCGGCCCAGACCCUCGCGCUGGAUCCCGCGAACCCCAUCCACAUCCCCGAGCUGACGACGCUGAACACGCUGCUGACGCAGUCGGUCGACAUCCUCAGCUUCAUCGUGUCAGAAUCCACCAACAGCAGGAAAGGCGGCGGCGGCGGCGCGUCCAUCGAUCCCAAGUUCCUCUCUACGCAGCUGCGCCUGCUGUCUGAAUACCUCGCCGAAUCCCUGGCCCUGAUCAAGGGCCCCCAGCUGACCGACCAGGCCGCCGUCCCCGAUACAGCCUGGACCUCGUCCUCGGUGCCGCCGUCGUGCUUCGCCCCGCCCCUACCGGCCAACCUAUCCUUCUACUUCACGCUGCAGGAUGCUUCGCUGGUGCUGUACCUCCGCGUGCUCGAGCCCGCCGACGCCCCCGUCAACUUUGGCACCAAGCUGGCGCUGGCCAUCGGGACGGCCCGGCGCCUGGAGCACGACGAGGCAGACCGCGUGUUUGGCUUCUGCCCCGAAGGCGCGGAUGCCCAGUCACCCAUCACGGCGUCCGGCUCCGUCAACGUGCCACCAAAGCUGGAGAGGACCCGCUCGAUACCCGGCGGGAGGGGCGGCGGCAUGGGCAAGGGACGUGGUACCGAGACACAGGUAUACGUCCGUGAGAAGGUUCGUGUCGAGAGCGCCGACCCGAGUCUGUUGAGCGUAAGCGCCAAGCUCGGCGCUCUGGGACAUACGCUGCUCCUUGCAAGACAGAACCUGGGCGUUGUCAUGGGCGACGACGAGGACGAGCUCAAGGUAGCGGAGUAG